ACACGAUCUUCAAAAAGCUCUUCCCGAAAUUCUCUGACAAAUUUUGCAAGGAUUAGCUGAUCUUCAUAGCGGCCCAAAUCCUAUUCUUCAUCGUGAUUUAAAGCCCACCAAUGUUCUUCGAGAUUCACAAGGCAAAUUUUUGAUAGCUGAUUUUGGCAUUAGUCGAAUGUUGAAUAAUGAUUGUACGACAUAUGAAAGCAAGCCUAACACGGGAACUGAGUAUUGGAUUGCUCCUGAAUCAUAUUGUGAAGAUAAAGAUACAGUCGAUAAAGGACGGUACAAGAAAGAGUCUGAUGUAAUGAAUGCAGGAAUGGUAGCUUAUUAUAUUGCAACAAAAGGAAAACACCCUUUUGGAACGAAACGGCUUAGAUUGGACAAUAUGUUAAAAGGAAACCCUGUUGGUUUGGAUGAAAUCGAGGAUGAAACACUAAAGGACCUUCUGUCGUGGAUGUUAAAUCGACAACCAGAAGACAGACCAUCGGCUACCGUGGCGUUAAAACACCCAUUUCUUAUGUCGGAUGACGAGAAAUUUGACUUAUUAUGUAAAGUUGGAAAUCUUCAGCAGAUUAAGACAAAUGAUCCCCUGUGUAGUGUCGUUCAACAAUUGAAUAGUGAAUCCGCAGAUUGGAAAAGUAAAAUAGACAGUGAUGUUUAUGAUUAUUUUAGAACGGACGUGGUGACUGAAAAAAUAUUUAUAUAUGGCUCUUCAUGGACAGAAUGUUUAAGACUUAUUCGAAAUAUUAACCAACAUUGGAACGAUCGACCACGGCCAAGACCACAACUAGAACAAUUUUAUAAGAUUGGCGAUCACAAGGCGUAUAUUCUCAAAAAAUUCCCUAAUCUCCCUGUUCGAGUGCAUGCUAUUGUGAGGUCCAAUGAAGAAGAAGUGAAAAACAAUCCAGAUCUCAAGAACUUUUUCAAUUUCAGUGAAAAGAAACCACAUAAAAUAAACAGUUUUUAAACAGUAAAAACAGUUUGUGAAAAGGCAAGUGAACAGGAAAGAUACCGUGUAAAAUAGAAUUUACUCAAAUUGGAAAAGACAAAUUAAUUUUUCACGUAUAUGAUUAUUUUGAUUGUUGGCUUUCAUUGACAGGUCGAUUGAUUGCGACCAGCACUCAAACCAUCCAUUUUAUAAAGUUAAUGAUCCUAAGGAGUUCUUUUUGAAAUCAUAGUUUGGGUGCGUGUGGCUGUCUGAUGUAAUGACGAAUUAAAAACAACCCAGAACUUAAGAGCUUGUUCAGUUUUUAAUGAAAGCGAACUACAAUGAAAAGUUUACUGACAGGAAAACAAGUAAGAAAUCGACGAUACGGUAGUUAAAGGUUUUAUUUUAUAGAUGUAAAGUAGCAAAACACUUUUCACGACGUAUUUGGAUGAUGCAUAAUCACAUUUCUGCAUCUAGCUCACAUUAUUGAAUGAUACAAUAUCUGAUUAUUUAAAUUUUAUUCUCAAUUGCUUUUGUUUAAGACGUAUGACAUUUAAAGUCAACUUUAUAAAAUACAUAAUAAAACUCUUAUACGAUAGUAAA